UACCGUUAGUUCCUGUUUUAGAGUCAUUUGCAUACUCUCCAAUUGGAGAUAUUGUAACUUAUGUUUAUAGUCAGUACACAUUACGAGGUUGCAUCGUGAACACCUCUGCGAAGAUCAUCGCAUCGGCUGCAGCCCAAGUGAUUCUCGAGCAGUGAAUAAAAUUUACUCGUUAAUAAGUUGAGUAUCCGUACAAGUGCGUGAAAAGAUGGUCGACGACGGUUGCAGCCAAUUUUUAGCUGAUUUUUCUAAUUACGAUUUCUCCGAUGAAAGCAUCAACGAUUCCCCGGCGGGCCAAGAAAGCAUAAAAAUAUUGAAGACAAUGCUGAAAAAGUUCAAUUGGACGAACGACGAACAGUUCAAUUGGAAUAACGAAAGAAAGCGACGCUUAUUUUUCUCUAAAUUUAGUGUAUUAAUCAGAGCUUGGAGGGGCCGACUUCCAGAUCUUCAGGAGAUGUUUGGACAGAAAGGAAUGGAUUGGUUGCUCAAGAAGGCCAUGAAGAUGGAUUUCACGGAUUUCGUGAGGUUCGUGGUAAGCACAGGAUACAAAGACAAGCCGGAGCUCGACGAAGACGGCAAGCCGUUGUCGCGUCGCAGCACACCGCUGCAUUUGUACGCCUCGGGGCCCUGGUUCGAUUUCAGCGGUACGAUCGUCCACGAGCUUUUCAAGAUUUACGACCGAUUCGAGGUGAACUGCACCGACGAGUCCGGUCAGUCGCAUUUCCACGUGGCCUGUAUGGCCGGCUGCGAGCACGUCGUGAAAAGAUUCCUCGAAUUCGGGCAGGAUCCCAACGUCCUCGCGCGAGAGACGGGCAACUCGCCGCUGCACUUGGCUCUGGCUUACGGCCGCAGGCAGGUGGCCAAAUUGCUGCUGCGAAACGGCGCGGAUCCCAACCGGGCCAACGCCAAGGGAUUGAGACCUCUGCACGUCGUGGCGUAUCACAUAGUGGACAACGACAUGGCGGAUAUGCUGUUCGAUCACGUCUGCGAUCGACAACGCCGGGUGCAGGUCGACGCCCGGGACAAGUUGGGCAACACGGCGCUGCACGUGGCUCUGCACCACGGCAAGGUGGCCGUGACCGAGUCGCUGCUGAGACGCGGCGCCAGUCCGAAUCUGGCCAACGACGCAGGCUCGACCGCUCUGCAUUUCGUUUGCCAGAGAAGCGAGGACGACGACGACGGCGGCGGCGGCGGCGGCGGCGGCUGGCUGGAGAGGUUCCUCGACAUCGUCGACGGCCUCGGCGAGACCUUGAGGGUCGACGCCCGGAACAAAUUGGGCCGGACACCUCUGCACUACGCCGUGGCCAAAGGGCACAGAGUCAGGGUCAUUCGAGAGCUGCUGAGAAGGGGCGCCGAUCCCAACGCGGCCGACGACGAGGGAUCGACACCGCUGCAUAUCAUUUGCCAGAAACAAUGGAACGAUAAUAUGGUGGAGAUGUUUUUCGAAAUCAAUAAAGAGAUCGAUAAGCUGGUGGACGUCGAUGCCCGGGAUAAGCAGGGCCGGACACCGCUGCAAUGGGCAGUGGCGAGUCUGUUGCCGAAUACCGUCGAUUUUCUGUUGAACAACGGUGCCGACCUGUCGAAUUUCGUUUUUCCCACCGGAGAUUAUUUUUGCAAGAGAUUCGACCGAAACAAUCGCAAUUGGGAUCAAUUGAGUUUGGCAUCUGGCGCUCUGGCCGUCGUCGAACACCUCGAGAGCCGACAAUACGAUCUAAACCGAAGCGACGUACUAACGAUCGUCCAAUUGUUCGUCGAUCACGGAUUGUUCGAAAAGUCGUCGGAUCUCGAGGCGUGGACCGAUUGGCACGACGGCAAGGAGUUCGAGCGCCAAGCCAAAGGGAUCGCGAUCGUUCCCGGCCUGUCGCUCUACGAGCUGAUCCAGCUGCGACCCGAGGAGGAAGAACGACGACUCAGCUACUCGGACUAUUUCCGAGUCAAGCGAUCGAAGAACUUGAACAAGAUUCCCGUGACGUAUCGAGGCGCGUGCUUGAGGCACCUGUGCGAAAAAAUGUCGAGAGGAUACUUUCGACGGUUGGCGCUGGAUCCUUUGCGGGAGUUGACGCGUCACCGGCUACCGAUUCUCUGCUACGAAAAAAUCAUCGACGAGUUGAACAACGAGGAUUUGUUGAGAAUAUGUCUGGCGAACAAAGUCGUCGCGAAAGAGAGCAAAGUCAAAUGAUGUUCGCGAAGGCAAAGAAGUUGAGAAUUUAUAAAUUGACCUAUCCA